AAUUAUUAUGAUCUAAAUAGGUUUCUGUGAUUUAAAAGCGGAUGGUGGAAUGUCACACUAAUAAUUAUAUAGUCAUGGAUUGUGUGGCUAUAGGAAUACACAUUAUGUAGAGGUGUAUUAGAAGUUCCACUGGUGGAUGUUAUACUGGACUAUCCAGAGCACAUAAUCUGAGUCAUAGAGGAUGGAGAGAGACAGGAACUCCCGGACUCAGAGGGUAUUAAAUCUCACCCUGGAGAUAAUCUACCUGCUGACUGGGGAGGUGAGGGAGUCUGGGAGCGUCACAGUGUCAUCACUCUUAUCUCUAUUACUAACACAGAAUUAUAUUGUUCUAAAAAAAUCUGGACAGAGCGUAACAACCAGCAGCCAUCCCCGGGGACUGAGCCGGAGCCAGAGCCCCAUCACAGAGCCUCCGCCUCACUCACUGAUACAUGAGAGAGACAAUGAGCAGAAGAUCCUGGAACUCACCAACAAGAUCAUACAGCUGCUGACUGGAGAGGAGGAGCUGGAGUAUCUAGAAGGACCCAAGAGCCUGUAUAAAGGUAUAAUGAUGAAGAAUGACCAGAACUACAUGUCGCUGAAUUUAUCGGAGAGUUUCAAUAAACCUGUACGGCUCAAUGCUACCAUUUCCCAUGUAAAGGAGGAUCCAGUCUCAUGUGAUGGAGGAGACCUCACAGACACUGACAUGUAUACACCAAUAGAUCCUACACGGUAUACAUCUACUCACAUUAAGGAGGAACCUGUCUUAUGUGAUGGAAGAAACCUCACAGACAUUGCUAAUUAUACAUCCACAUAUCAUACACAGUAUACAUAUACUGAUAUUAAGGAGGAACCAGUCUCAUGUGAUGGAGGAGAUCUCACAGACACUGACAAUUAUACACCCACAGAUCAUACACAGUAUACAUCUACUCAUAUUAAGGAUGAACCAGUCUCGUGUGAUGGAGAAAAUUCCACAAACCAAAGAAUAUUGCCUCAAAAGAUGCAGCAUUUAUACCGACAAUAUGGAACACAAGUUAACGCUGGAAAAUUCCCAAGAAAUUGGAGACAUAGUCCAGAAGAGAAGCUGUAUUCUUGCUCUAAAUGUGGAAAAACAUUUAUCCAGGAGGCCGAUUUGAAUGACCAUUUGAAAAGUCACUUGGGAGAGAAACCAUUUUCUUGUUUAGAGUGCGGAAAAAGUUUUCGCCAAAAGACCGAUUUUACGAACCACCUUAGAGUACACACAGGAGAAAAACCAUUUCCUUGUUUUGACUGUGGCAAACGUUUCACGACCAAGUCAGAUCUUUCCAAACACUCAAGAAUCCACACGGGAGAGCGGCCAUUUUGUUGCUCCAUUUGUGGAAAACGUUUUGUCCAAAAGACUUCUCUGAAUAAGCACUUCCGGAUCCACACAGGGGAAAAACCAUAUGCUUGCCCUGAGUGUGGGAAGAGCUUUGCAGAGAAAUCAAAUGUUGUCAAACAUUUAAAAAUUCACAGACGAAAAAUAUAAUUUUUAGUUGUAGUAACAAAAAAAUGCAGUGUGGUGGUAUUUUUUGUACAAAUAAAAGUUUCUGGA